CAGUUCACUCGCUGAAACGAUGCUGAUCACCAUGUUCUUUAAGAGUCUCUACUUACUUUUGCUAUCGUUGAGUUGCGCUUUUGGGGAGUGCAUUCAAAAGCCGGUUGAAACUUUGGAAGCGCCAUUGUUUGGCCAGUGGCAGGUUGAACUGUUCCAGCGGAUUGAUCCGGGUGAUCUGAAGAAUGUCUGUGGUGGAACGAUCAUCGGUAAACAGUUCGUGAUAACUGGAGCAGAUUGCAUUGAAACUUCAAACGCCGAAGAGGUCUUCGUUCAAGGAGGUGAUUCGCAGCAACAAGUGCCAGUGGAGAAGAUUUUUAGACAUCCCUCGGGUGAUGUUGCGCUGUUGAAGACUGAUCAGGAUUUCAAUGUAGAACCGUUGUCAUUGUGGAGUAGAUCUGGGGUGGAGGAGCUGAUUGUUGGCAAGAAAGGUUGGGCCGAAGAUUAUCAAAGCUACUCGGAGUCUUCAAUAGUGUCUAGAAGAAACUGCCGCAACAGUGAUGCUGGAUUCUACACGGAGUAUUUGGUAGAGAAGAAAAAGUUUUGCGCUAAGCGUCUCAAUGGAUCGCUUGCUCCCACCGGAGGUGGACUCUACAUCGCAGAUAAAGGCGGCAACUUGAGUCUACGAGGUAUUGCCAGCAGUGUCAAAGUUAAGCCAGAUAGCUAUGCACUGUUCACCGAUGUAGCGACCUACCUUCCAUGGAUCCAAGAACAAAUCGGUGGCAAAAACGUACAAGCCACCUCUUCUGAGUGUGGUAAAAGGUCAGCGAUCGACGCGGGUCGACCCUGGCCCUGGCAGGGCCAGGUCUACCGCAAUGAUUCCGGUUCAAUACAGAGAGUUGCCAGUGUGGCGAUCAUCAGCGAACUGUUCCUGGUAUCCCCAGCUGGUGUCUACAGCUCAUCGGAACUACGCGAUCCCACUCAGCUGUCCCUGACUUUCACAUCGCAUGAAAGUGGACAAGCUAAGGUGUUUCACAGCCAGCGAAUCGGGAAGAUCAUUCGCCAUGAGAAGUUCUACCCGGAAAGUGGAAGCAACAACAUUGCUUUGCUACAGCUGCAAACUCCGUUAAAGUUAUCUGAACGGCUAAGUCCGAUAUGUCUGUGGAGAGGUGACCCAAGGGAGUUCAACAUUGAAGUUAGAAGAGGUGGUACAGGAGGAUUCACUCCAGUAAAGGAUUGUGACGGUCCGCAGAACCACUUUUGCAUCGAAACUAGUGCGCCAGUGGCUUGGAACGAUACGUUCUACUCAGAAAGGGGCGGUUCAUGGUAUCUGAAAGGUAUCACUGCUAACGUUUCCACGGGUGAAAACGGAUCUAGAGCGAUGCUGCUAGACGUGCCGCGGUACACGGAGUGGAUCGAUGAGAAUACCGUGUUCCGCAGAAAGAACCUGCUGGGCAAUCUGAACUGUGCCAAGCGGUUCAUAAAUGAUUACACGUUCAUCUCUGAUGCAGUCGGGAAGAAGUGCUUCGCCGCUCAUAUCAAGCCAACGAUUCUGUUGACUACAGCAACAUGCUUGGAGAAUGUCACCGCUUCGGAAAUCACGGGAACCAGCGGCAACCAAACCUCCCAGGUCAAGUCAAUCCACGUCCACCCCCGCUUCAACAGCUGCAACCACGCCAACAACAUUGCAAUCGUUCAGCUUGAGCAACCGCUGGACAGCACCACUCCAUUCUGCCUGCAUCUGGACCCUCCGAAGCGGAAAUUCCGACUGCGUAGUUUGCUUCCCAACCGGGGCUUCGAGAGGCACUUCUACGACCUGGCACCAAGCCCGGGUGGAAUACUGGAAUGUGCCGACCAGUGGCGUCGCGAGGGCAUCGAGUUGGACACUGCCGGGGGCCAUCUGUGCGGGGAACUGGAGGGAAUCUCGGAAAAUCGAGGCGACCCAUUCUGCGCGGAAAAGUUCGAGGGGAGUUCGCUGUACUACGACUACGGCGAUGGGCAGGGCGUGUACCUGCGCGGGCUGCUGGAUUUUGACAAGCGGAACCACUGCGAAAAGCUGCUGGAACUUCCGGAGGUGUACGUCGACGUGACGUUCUACGCCGAGUGGAUCCGCGACAUUGUGGGGGCGUUCCGGGAGGACAGUUAAUACCGAAAAUAAAACGAGCAAAACUUGUUUCAUCCAGAGUGCAAA